AUGUCGAAGAAUCCCAAGGUUUUCUUUGAUAUUCUUAUUGGAAAAGCAAAAGCUGGGAGAGUAGUAAUGGAGCUUUUUGCUGAUGCUACUCCCAAAACAGCGGAAAACUUUAGAGCUCUCUGCACUGGUGAAAAGGGAAUUGGACAAUUAGGGAAGCCUUUACAUUUCAAGGGGUCUGGUUUUCAUAGGAUUAUUCCAGAUUUUAUGUGUCAGGGAGGGGAUUUUACCAGAGGGAAUGGGACUGGAGGAGAGUCAAUUUAUGGGUCAAAAUUUGCAGAUGAGAAUUUCAAUUUGAAACAUACUGGACCUGGGAUUCUUUCCAUGGCAAAUUCUGGACCUAAUACUAAUGGUUCACAGUUCUUUAUUUGUACUACUAAGACUCAGUGGCUUGAUGGAAAGCAUGUUGUGUUUGGUAAAGUUGUUGAUGGGUAUAGUGUGGUUCAGGAGAUGGAGAAGGUGGGUUCACAAAAUGGUAGGACUUCAGAACCUGUUGUGAUUGAAGAUUGUGGACAAGUUAAGAAUGAAUAA